GUAUAUGGCUUAGUAAUUAUUUUUAUACAUUUUAACUUGAACUAACUUAUUUUAAAUAAUGUCUGUUCUAACAUUGUGUUUUGGCAAUUGUGGUGUUCAUCUUGCUCAAUAUUUUUAUUCUAUUAUUUUUGAUGAUAAUAAUAAUUUUGAUUCUUCUUUAUCUAAUGAAUAUAACAAAGAAUAUAAAAAUAUCAGUGAAUCAAUUUUUUUUGAAAAAAAAUCAAAUGACUUUUUGGAACCUAGAACUAUUUUAGUUGAUUUAGCUGAUCCUAAAAUUAAAACAACUUCGAUUAAUUGGGGUUUUGGACCUAACUCUUUAGCUUUUAAUUUUAUUGAAGGAAAAAAUAACAACUGGUCAUAUUAUUAUCAUAUUAAAGGACCUGAAGUUUACGAGGAUGUUUCAAAUAGAUUAAGAAAUGAGUUACAAAAAUUAGAUGUGACUGUAAAGUAUUUUUUGAUCAUAUUAUCUUCCUCUGGUGGCUGUUCCGGAUUAGCCUGCUUUGUUUUAGAAAAUUUGAAAAAAGAAUAUGCUAAAAUAUUGUUUAACAUAGUGAUUAUACUUCCUUAUGAAACUAAAGAUGCUAUUCAAAACUACAACACUCUAUUUUCUGUCAUUUCACAAGCAGGACAUUCUGAGAUUAAAGUUUCGUUUGAUGAUAUAAAUGAAGUAUGUAGUAAACAGCUCGCUUCAAUUUUUCAACCACUAGAAAAUCAACAUUUUACCUAUUUCAUGUCUCUAGUAUCUGACACAAAAUACAAGUUACUCAAAACAAUAUCAUCGCCUAACUAUAGAAAAGAAUAUUUAUCAUAUGAAUCUACUCCUAAAUGGGGAGCAAUUAUUAAUCAAACUAUUCGAUCAUUAAAUGAAAAAUCGUGUCUUUCACUUGGAAAUAAAAUUGUGAGCCGGGGUAUUGUUGAUAAUGAAUUAAUAAAACAAUUGAAAUUUGACAAAUUAAAUGACACUAUAUUAUUUCCAACAAAUAUUUUGGAUGAUGUUAAAUUUUCUCAUGUAUAUCAAAACAAACAUUUUCUAAAUACUAAAUAUUUAAGUGUAUUGUCUAACAGUACAGUUAAUGUUGAUUCUUUAAAUUCUGUGCUUAAAUUAGCAAACCGGGCUUUUUUGCAUAAGGCUUUCAUUCAUCAUUAUUCUGAAUUUAAUACAAGCCGUGAAGAUUUUAAAUAUGCUUUUUCAAUAACAGAUGAAAUAAUUAAAGAUUAUUAUAAAUUAAAAUGAUUUAUAUAUGUUAUAUUAAUACAGUUAAGUACACCUGAUUUUUUUUAACAAUUUCUAGUCAUUUAAAAUUUUAUAACUAUUGAUAGUCAAGUAUUUAGUUUUUGUAUAUAAUGAAAAGAAAAUUAUUUGUCCCUAGCUGUGAAGAGUAAGUUUGAGAUACUAUUUUUUUAGUCAAUUUUAAACAAAUAAAACUUAUAAUUGUAGUGUUAGAAUUAUGUGUGUGUUCAUUUUAUAUUGUUAACACAGAGUACUUCUACAAUACUAGUAUUUAAAUAUUAUAAAUUUUCAAUUUUUUUAAUAUAACCAUAAUUGCUUUUAUAAUAUAGAUUAUUA